AUGUCUGAACGAAACAACAAAAACCUUCCACCCACCAAAGCUCCUAUCCCACCAUUCGGUGAACCAGGGAAUCAAGGAAAAUCUGCUCUCCGUCGUGAGAACUUCCUCUGCAAUAUUGCAGAUGCCAUUGUUCCCUCAGGUCUCUUCUUCGGAGAUCAUAACAAGCACCGUCGCGACACCGCAUACAAGUCUGGAGAUUUCAAGAAGGCUGAAGUUGAUGUCCAAGAUGAAGAAGAUGAUUGGGUUAACCUUACAGAUAAGACUACCAAAUCUGGUCCUAUUCAAAUCACUCCUCGUGCUUCCAACUCUCCCGAGCGCUCUAGAGUGAUGACUGUGGCUCAACCUACCACUCCCGGAUUUGAGCAAGCUAGACUCAGCACCAGAUCUUUCAAGAAUGCAAAUGUUGCUUGGGCUAUCACCGGCGAUACUGAUUUAACUCCUGCAGUGGUUGGUCACCCCGAUAACUCCAAGUUCGUGCUUCGCCGAUACGAUAUCCGUGAUCCUACCAAAAUCGAAAAGAAACGUAUUGAACUGCACAUCGAUGGGUUUGACUGGAAUAAUAAGGAACAUGUCGGUAGACUCAACAAGGCUCGUCGACAGUGGGAGAUCAAUACUCUAGAGUCUAAUCCUCAGACUAGUGGGAAGUCUCGGUAAGCUUUGCAUAUGCUAAGAAUGGGGAGUUUUGGAUUGCUGAUUAUAAUUAUUCACAGAGUUACAGUUGAUGGGAGAGACUCUCCAUUCGAUAUCUCGGCUGGAUCGUGGUUGUCGGGUGAGGAAGAGGAUGAUGAUGAUCUAAGACUAAAUUGA